GUUAGCAAGAUGCCGAAGGGAAACAACGCGAUACCCCACGUCCACCAGAAGAAGCACUGGAACCCGUCUUCUUCUCAGAAGGGCAAUGCCAAGGUCUUCUUCAACCAGCCGGCGCAGAAGCUUCGUCGCCGUCGUCAGCGCUUGCUGAAGGCCAAGAAGGUGUUCCCUCGCCCUCUGCGUGCCCUCCGCCCACAGGUGAACUGCCCCACGGUGCGCCAUAACAUGAAGAAGCGUCUGGGCCGUGGGUUCACCCCCACCGAGCUGCGUGCGGCCGGAUUAACCCCCCGCUACGCCGCGACCAUCGGCAUUUGUGUGGACGCGCGUCGCAAGAACAAGUCCGAGGAAGGCAUGAACAUCAACGUUCAGCGCCUGAAGACGUACUUGAGCAAGCUGGUCCUGUUCCCGCUGAACCACAAGAAGCCCCAGAAGGGUGAUGCAUCUGAGGAGGACAUCAAGGCCGCCACACAGGAUAGCUCGCGCUUCGGAGACGCAGCCGUGGGCCCUGUCCAGUACCCCGCCGCUGAGAAGCCUCGCAAGGUCACCUCUGAGGAGCAGACCAAGAACGUGUACAAGUUCCUCAAGAAGAACCACUCUGCUGUGCGCUUCUUUGGUGCACGCAAGGCACGUGCUGCUCGCAAGGCUGCCUCUAAGGAGUCUAAGAACUAAGACUUGUUGUAUUUUUUCCCUCGUUCCAAUAGCAUGUUCACUGAUUCUAAUUUUAUAAUUUAAUAAAAUUUAGUUAUUGCUUUUCCCCGCUUAUUGCCCGUUGUGUGCUUUCCGA